GGUCAAACACUUCCCAGAACGUAGACGGACAAACAUCUUCACACGCAGAACACUAUCCUUUUCCAAUCGGAACUGACACACUUAUCAUGCUCACGAGACCUCUGUACCAGUGGCUUGCUUCCCACACCACAUGCAAGACUACGACCUCUCCCGCCCUCUCGACUCCACGGGUCUCAGACAAGGGCUGACGAGCUACGGGGAUGCCCAUUUCUCCCUCUUCCUCCGCCGAGUGUUUAUCAAGGCGGCGGGAUACGGCGAAGACGCGCUCACCCGACCAGUCAUCGGAGUCAUCAAUACACAUUCCGGAUUCAGCCCUUGCCAUGGGAAUGUGCCGCAGCUCAUUGAAGCAGUCAAACGCGGGGUGCAGCUUGCAGGGGGUCUGCCGAUCGAGUUCCCGACGAUCAGCUUGCACGAAUCGUUCGCAGCGCCGACCAGCAUGUAUCUGCGCAAUCUGAUGAGCAUGGAUACGGAGGAGAUGAUUAAGGCUCAGCCGCUGGAUGCUUGCAUUAUGAUCGGAGGAUGUGACAAGACGGUUCCCGCCCAACUCAUGGGCGGAAUCUCUGCAAACAAGCCUAUUUUGCCCCUUGUGACGGGUCCCAUGAUGUCUGGAUCGUACAAGGGCGCUCGUAUUGGCGCGUGCACAGACUGCAGGAACAACUGGGCGAAUUACAGGGCUGGCGUGAUUGAUAUGGAGGACAUCGCAGCGCUCAACGAUGAGCUAGCGCCUACUGUUGGAACGUGUGGUGUGAUGGGCACCGCGAGUACUAUGGCCUGUAUCACGGCUGCUUUGGGCCUGAUGCCGCUCCGAGGCGCUUCAGCUCCAGCUGUCUCUGCAACUAGACUGAGGGUUGCCGAAGAAACCGGACGAAACGCGGUACACGCUGUGUCAGAUGAACACCGCCCACAGACCAUUCUGACGCGGGAUUCGUUUCUGAAUGCGAUUACUGUGCUUCAGGCCAUCGGGGGCUCCACAAAUGCUGUAGUCCAUCUCAUGGCCAUCAUCAACAGACAUCCCGCUGUUUCUGGGACAAUCUCCCUUGACACAUUCGACGAGAUCGGGCGGGUGACACCCUUGCUUGUCGACUUAAAGCCUAGCGGAGACAACUACAUGACAGAUUUCCACAACGCAGGUGGUAUGGAGGCCCUUCUGCACAAACUACGUCCGCUCCUCAAGCUGUCUGCGCGCACGAUCACGGGCCAGACGAUGGGGGAGGUCCUGGAUGCCUCUCGGAUCCACGAUUUUGCGUAUGCUGACGAGAUCGUUCGGCCGCUUUCAAAUCCACUCUACCCGCGCUCGUCUAUUGUCGUUCUCAAGGGCAAUCUGGCACCCGGCGGAGCAAUCAUGAAGGCCUCCGCGUCCAAGUACCGGCACUUGCUCGCCCAUUCAGGUCCGGCGGUUGUCUUUUCCGACACUGGUGAUCUGGCGCGCCGGAUUGAUGACCCGGAUCUGGAUGUCACACCCGACUCGGUCCUCGUUCUACAAGGCAUCGGGCCCAUCGGCCAUCCGGGAAUGCCUGAGGCAGGCCUGAUCCCCAUUCCCCGGAAACUCGGUGCCACCGGUGUACAGGAUAUGCUCCGCAUCUCCGACGGUCGGAUGUCUGGAACUGCAGGCGGGACGAUUGCGCUGCACAUCUCUCCAGAAUCAGCUAUCCCCGACUCGGUAUUUGGCAUCAUCAGAGAUGGGGACAUCAUCCGGUGUGAUGUCGAGAAUCGGUUACUGCAACUCGAAGUCGGGGAGGAGGAGAUCGCGCGACGCAUCGAACAGAGAAAACAGGUGGAUCUGUCAACCCGUGGAUCUCCAAAACGGAUCAGAGGUUACAGGCAUCUUUAUGAGAAGAGCGUGAAUCAGGCAGAAAUGGGUGCAGACUUCGACUUUUUGGUAGCUUAAUGUACCCAUAAGUUGCUUUCGAAAUGCCUAAGAUGUCCCUUGUUCAGACUAGACGACUGGAAACGGUAAAGCACGAUCAUGUGACCGCGAGACCUCGGCUUAACAUCAUCGAUGACAAGUACAUGGAAGUUGAACCCAUUCCGACCGGGCUUGUUCAAUUGUUCACGGCCAGAUAAACACGUUUGACCAACCGCUCAGACUCAAAUUCUUAGAAGACUCAGAAAGUCACGGCCGAGCCCGGAUCAAGCCUCGUGGUCCUCAGUAGUGAUGGGCCCUAGAGACCGCCAUUACCUGAACCGCGACAACCGACGUUCGUAGACCAUGGCUUCAAAUUCUCAAGCGUCAUCCUCCAGGCAUCAGAGACGCAACACCGACAAUGCUCUACUAUACUCUUCCUUUACAUCCAGCAACGUAGAUCCGCCACGGCCUCGUCCAACUCCUGCUAGCGCUGCGCCGGUCAUCUCCUCACCAUCCUCGCCGCGGACCCAAUCCUUCUCCACACGACGCCCAGAAGACAGAAAUCGGAGCUCGGGGAGGGAUAGGGCUAACAGGGACACCCCCCAAUCACCCCAAAGCGUCGCCGCCCUCUCAUCCAACAUCGCUGCAUUUCUCGCGAAACCAAGCGGCAGCCCGGGCCCCAGCUCCCACCGUGCACCGAAGGUACAGCGAACUCAUUCAGAAGCAUCGAGUACACCCGGUAGUUUCAAAUCGGCCAUGAGCCUGUCCCCAUUCCGAUCACGAUCGAAGAGCGGGCGCGGGCCCAGCCUGUUUGCGGAUCUCCCGCCUUCGUCGCCGGCUCCGAGCAGCACUCCUUCGAGGCCAGAUUCAGGCAAGUGGGUAACAGCGGAAUCUGGGUCUCCGAGCUCGAGCAGGUCGAGACGGAGUGGCGCUUCGAGGCUGUUCAAGGAUCGCGUCCGGGAUGUAGAGAAGGAGGGUACGGUCGCGAGGCCAAGUCGGGUUUGGGUCUCCUCCCCCUUGGCAGCGGCGGUCACCUCUCAUCCUUUGGAGAUCGAAGUUGCGCGGAAAGCUGAAAUGGUUGAGGACGAUGUAGGACCUCAAUCUGCUGAGGCUGUCAUCUCCAGGCCAGUAGACGAACCUCAGCAGACCGAACCUGUGGAACCAGUCCACGACGCAGCAACCGAGCAGUCUACUCCCCGUCCCUCACCAGCUGCAAUACCGGUUCGUGAAUCGCCCGUGGCGCCAGUGUCCGCCCUCAGCCCAGAAACAUCUCCUCCCGAAUCGAAAAAACCACCCGAUACAAUCUUGAAUGUGGCUCAAAAGAUCCGCGGGCUGAUGCACUCUCUCCCUGGACUAUCUCGCUCUGCUGCAGGUCCCUCGAAUUCUGUCGCGGACCGCGUGAUUGUCGACGGCGACGGCCGUCCCAUUGGACCCCCUGGUUCUGCAGAACUAGAUCCGGAACUCAUCUCUAUACUGUCAAACUCGAGCGUCAUGAGCGGGUCUGGUGGCAACAGAGAGAGUGUCUGGAGCAUGCUCGAUGCGAUUUCGCCACCGCCGACCGGCGUCGCGACCCCCAGCAGUGUUGCAGAGAGCUAUGAUUUCGUUGGCUCGGACCGGUCGAGUGUGAUGAUGUACUCGCCUCUAAUUCCUGGUGCUGGGUCUGUUGUUGAGCUGGCUGAGCAGGAAGAGAUAAUCGACAGCCCUUUGGUGACUGCGACUGAGCUUGGUAGCCCUGGGGCACCAGCUCCGCAAGGCUGGUUCUCGUCUGUAUUGGCCACCUGGUCAUUCAGCGGCCGGCAAGCAGAUGCUGAGCCCCCGCGUCCAGUGCGUCGAUGGAAGCCGUCGAUCACGCAUCUCUCAUUCGAGACCAUCUGGUGGGGGUACCGAAUAUAUCUUCCUCCCCCGGUGCUUGACAUCUUGGAUGAUCAGUCUGUCGAGGCAGCGCGAAGAGCCACUGUAAUCACAGCCGCAUUGACUUGGUUCUUCUCCAACCUGCCCAUCACUGCAUUCCCACCUCCGUUGCAGCCAGCAAUGGUACUUCUGCAAAGACUCGUUCCUUUGGGCUCGUAUCUAGGCACCUUCAUAUCUUGGAGCUGGAGCACCAUCCGAGGCUUUGACCAAGGACACGGCGUGAUCCUCACUGCAACAUGGCUUCUGCCUAUUGCCGUCAUCCCCGGGACAUGGCAUUCUCACGACGUUCCACUACCUUCGCCUGCACCCAAUCCUCCUGUUUCCCUUCUGCAAGCCAUGUCAGAAAUCUAUUCCGAAUCGGAUGGAUCGCCAGUGCAGCAAGAGCAGCAGCAACAACAACAACAACUGCUGACACCAUCCACCAGCUCGCCACAGUCCGACACGCACUCCGUAGCCUUCACUCUGCUGUCUCCGCUGUCUUUCUCGACGCCCUUGUCAUUUCCCUCCGAUUCGAUGCUCCUCCGUCCAGAAUCGGAGUCCGUGUCGAGUCCCGCAGAAUCGGUAUCAGAUGUCUCCGGCGGGUCGAGAUUUAGUAAACUGCGCAACGUCUUGCGUUGAUGCGCUCUGGCUGUCAUGUCACGCAACGGAGAUUGGCUGUGGGCGCAUGGUGAAGCGGAGUUUCUCCCCCUCUGUUGCUGCGAUCGGACGCCUUGGAUCAUCGCUACAGCCCUCUCUCGCUCUGCAUCCAGUCGAGAGCAGAUCCAGCGAGAAUGUUUGCGCGCAGUCACAUGCCAUCGCUGAAGGGGACAACGGAGAAAUCUGGCCGUUUUGGAUGGGAGCGCAUAUGAACAUGCGAUGAUAGCCUACUUACCCAGCCCGCAAUCUCUCUGUAGAAUGCCAGAAAGAAAUCAUCCACGGAGAUUACUGUAGAUUAGAUACGAUAACGAUCAUGAUCGGAUGUGCCACGGCGCGUCAACAAGACCUCACUGUACGCGAUCCCUUGUGUCUGACCACCAUGUCGCAUGGCGGAGGAAAAGACGAACCGUCGUUCUUCGAGCGCGAGCGCGAGCGAUUGACGCGCGACAUUAAAGCGGACUUUGUCGACGUGCUGUCCUCCACCAACGACGUCAACCGCAAACUGGAGGAAGUGCUCGGGAUGACGCGGGAAUACGCGACGAUUGCUGCGCUGUGGGACAGCUUCUACCAGCUCAUGAAGGAAUCAGGGCUCCACGCGGAAGAGGAGGCACAGGAGGCUGUAUCCCCGGCAUCCCCAAUGCAUUAACCUUCCCAAUGCACUGUCCAUAUCGCG